UUUUUAUUUUUUUCUUUUCAAAGUUGAGCUGAGGUGCGAACGCACUUUCUUCACAUUUUAGCAAUGGAAAAUUGACUGGGGGUUUCUUCAAUAUCAAUCCACCCCUCCUGAAAACACACAAUUCAUUCACAGAAUAAAUAAAUAAUAAAACGAGAAAUCCUCCAAUUCGUUUGUAUAUUCCGAUUUUCGAUCGAUUUUUUUGUUUUUUCGUUUUCAGAGAUUUUUUUGGGGAAUUUUUGAAAGAUGUGGGUAUUUUAUUUGAUCUCGCUGCCAUUAACCCUAGGCAUGGUUAUUUUGACUCUGAAAUACUUCUCCGGCCCAGACGUACCGCGCUAUGUAUUUUUCACGGUGGGGUACACUUGGUUCUGCUCGAUUUCGAUCAUCAUCCUCGUGCCUGCCGACAUUUGGACGACUAUAAUUGGUCAUGGUAAUGGAGGCAUCUCUUUCUUUUGGAGCUGGUCAUACUGGAGUACCUUUCUGCUCACAUGGCUUGUUGUGCCCCUUAUACAGGGUUAUGAAGAUGCUGGGGACUUUACUAUGAUAGAAAGAUUGAAGACUAGCAUACAUGUAAAUCUAGUCUUCUAUUUAAUUGUGGGGUCUAUUGGUCUUUUGGGACUUAUUCUACUGAUCACUAUGGACAAAGAUAGGUUCGGUAGUAGAGGUAUAUUAGGCUGGGCAAUGGCUUGUUCAAAUACAUUUGGACUCGUAACUGGUGCAUUUCUUCUUGGUUUCGGUUUGAGUGAGAUUCCAAAAAACAUUUGGAAAAAUGCUGACUGGACCAAUCGCCACAAGGUUCUCUCGCACAAGAUAGCAAAAAUAGCUUUGAAACUUGACGAUGCUCACCAAGAGUUAUCAAAUGCGAUUGUGGUUGCUCAGGCUACAUCAAAACAGAUGUCCAAGCGCGAUCCACUAAGACCUUAUAUGGAUGUCAUUGACAAUAUGUUAGUGCACAUGUUUAAAGUAGAUCCUUCCUUCAAGCCACAAGGAGGUCGGCUGGGGGAAAAUGACAUGGACUACGAUACAGACGAGAAAUCAAUGGCAACACUAAGGCGUCACCUUCGUGGAGCUCGAGAGGAGUACUAUCGAUGCAAAAGUGAGUAUCUGACAUAUGUCACGGAGGCUAUUGAAUUAGAAGAUACAAUAAAGAAUUAUGAAAGACGGAGUAUGACUGGAUGGAAGUAUAUCUCAAGCUUCAGACCUGAACGCUCCGGUACAUUAGGAUCAUUCCUCGAUAUGGCAGAAUUAGUAUGGCGUUGUAUCUUGCAAAAGCAAUUGGAAAAAAUAUUCGCUGUCAUUCUUGGUUGCAUGUCUGUUGCAAUUCUCCUGGCUGAGGCUACUUUGCUAACUAAUGGAGUUGAUUUAUCUCUAUUUUCUAUCCUCGUAAAAUCUGUAGGGAAUGAAGAGGUUCUGGUGCAGAUCUUUGCAUUUGUUCCUCUAAUGUUCAUGUGCGUUUGCACGUAUUACUCACUGUUCAAAGUUGGAAGGCUAAUGUUCUACUCACUGACACCAAGGCAGACAAGUGCUGUCAGCUUGCUAAUGAUAUGCUCGAUGGUUGCUCGUUAUGCUCCUCCAAUUUCGUAUAAUUUUCUCAAUCUCAUUAGUCUUGGCAAGGGCAAGGAAACCAUUUUUGAGCAGGGCAUGGGAAACAUUGAUAAAGCUGUACCUUUCUUUUGGGAUGGAUUUAACAGUAUUUACCCCCUUAUCAUGGUCAUCUACACUAUCUUGGUAGCAAGCAACUUUUUCGACAGGGUCAUCAGUUUCUUUGGCAAUUGGAAGUUUUUCAGAUUUCAGACAGAUACAGAUGACAUGGAUGGGUUUGAUCCGUCUGGAUUGCUUAUACUUCAGAAAGAGAGAACCUGGCUUGAACAAGGCCGCAAAGUUGGCGAACAUGUCAUUCCGUUGGCUAGAAUUUUCAAUGGUGUGAACUUGGAUCUCGAGUCUGGCAUCAAUAACAAUGACAAACCAGUCGAAAUGAAAAUUAAAUCCGAUUUAAGAAAGGAGGAUAUAAAGGGAAGUUCAUCCUCAAAGCCAUCUUCAAAAGACGAAACACAAAGAUAUUCCGGGAGCAAAGAAGCAAUAAGCAGCAAAUACGCCGCUAUAAGAGAACAAAGCAAAUCAUCAUCCAAGCCAACCGAGAGUAUUUCCUCUGCUAAAGUAUCAUUGCUCGAUUCUAGCAACCCUCAGUCCAGUAACAACAGUCCUGCUGCGGGCCCCUCAGGUUUAGCUUCGAAAUGGGCCGCUUCAAUGAAACAAGGCUUCCAAAAUUUCAAAGCGAACGUAGAAGCAAAGAAAUUCUUACCUUUGCGUCAAGUUGAAGAUACCAAGAUGUUGUCUCGUGUGUCUUCUUCAGAAUCACUAGACGAGAUAUUUCAGAGAUUGAAAAGGCCUAGCGUUGAAGAACACGUUCCCUCUAGCGAUGACGAUGAAGAUGGGCAUGAAAUCAAAGUUUCGAGCCGAAGCAGGUAACAUUGGCAAUAUAUUACUAAGAAGAUUGAUAUGAUAUAUAUAUGUACUCAUCAUUUAUUCUAUAUAUAUAGAUAUACGAAAUGAAAAUGUAGACGACGAUGAAAUGUACAGAUACCUUAAAGAGGGGUUUUUUUUGAAAACCCAUUUUUGUUUGGAAAGUUAUGUAAAGUCAUCGAUUUUCGGAGAAUGAAUGUUUAACCAUCGAUGAAGAUGAAUUCUUGAAGCAGUGUACUAAAUCAAGAAAGAAAAAAACUAUGUUCUCCCACUAAUGGAAUGAGUGUUGUAUGGCUCAACA